GACGAAACCCACAAUUUCUUUUGUCUUCAACACCUCUAUAAAAGCCCCUCGCCCUCUUUCUCUUUCUCCCCACUUCAUACUGCUAUAAUCUCCUUCAAGAGCUUACAAUUCUAAUAAUAAUAACAAGAAAUGGAAGGCAAAGAGGAGGAUGUUAAGCUAGGAGCAAACAAGUUCUCGGAGAGGCAGCCAAUUGGGACCUCAGCUCAAACUGACAAGGACUACAAGGAGGCCCCCCCUGCUCCGUUGUUUGAGCCUGGUGAGCUCAAGUCAUGGUCCUUCUACAGAGCAGGGAUCGCUGAGUUCAUCGCUACCUUCUUGUUUCUUUAUAUCUCCGUAUUGACUGUUAUGGGGGUUGUUAAGUCCCCUUCAAAGUGCUCCACUGUGGGCAUUCAAGGGAUUGCUUGGGCCUUUGGAGGCAUGAUCUUUGCUCUUGUCUACUGCACUGCCGGAAUCUCUGGUGGCCACAUAAACCCAGCAGUGACCUUUGGCCUCUUCUUAGCAAGAAAACUGUCCCUGACCAGGGCCAUCUUCUACAUGGUGAUGCAGUGUUUGGGUGCAAUUUGCGGCGCUGGUGUGGUUAAGGGAUUCCAGAAGGGUCUCUAUGAGUCCCAGGGUGGUGGGGCCAAUGUUGUGGCCCCCGGCUACACGAAGGGUGAUGGAUUGGGUGCCGAGAUUGUGGGUACCUUUGUCCUUGUCUACACUGUCUUCUCUGCUACUGAUGCCAAAACUAUUAUUGGUGUAAAUUUGGUGCAGAUCCUUGCUCCCUUGCCAAUUGGCUUUGCUGUCUUCCUCGUUCACUUGGCAACAAUCCCCAUCACUGGCACCGGCAUCAACCCUGCAAGAAGUCUUGGAGCCGCCAUCAUCUACAACAGAGACCAUGCUUGGGAUGACCAUUGGAUUUUCUGGGUGGGGCCGUUCAUUGGAGCUGCCCUUGCUGCAAUGUACCACGUGAUAGUCAUCAGGGCUAUCCCAUUCAAGAGCAGGCCAUGAUUAUUUCCUACCCAAUAAUCUUAUUAUUAAUGUGUGGCUUUUUGUUAAUUCUGGAUCCUUUUGUAUCCACUAGCUCCUCUGGUGUAAUCAAGUACUUUGAUAUUCAUCAAGCGUGUAAAUUAAGUAUUGAUGUACCUACUCCCAAGUUUGCUGAUGCUUCAAGCGAGAGGGACCGUAUGGUGUGCUUCAAGUUUUAAUGUUUUUGCGUGUAAAUAAAUUGAGUCAUGAUGUGUACUUUGAUUAUUCAAAGCUUGCUGAUGCUUUCUAGUUA